CAAAAUAUUAUGACUUUUUUUCUUGCUGUUAUUAAUAAUAGAACUAACAAUAAGCAUUGUUAGUAUUACCACAGUAAGUGUUAGCAUGUGGCUAACCUUUGUAACGGUUUAUCAGUGAGGUGAAAUUUAAACUGGAUUUUAAGUCAUUAAUAAUAAUAAUAAUCAUAAUGUUUUUUAUAUCCAUUAUGAUUUUUUCUAUAAAUUUUAUCAAGUUAAAAGGUAAAGCGGUUCACAGAGAAAGCGGCUCUAGUAUUAAUAGUUAUUAGGUUGAAGAGCAACCCAGAGAACUACAAGUCCCAGGCGCCGCAGCGGUGUGUAGUGGCGCAGGGGAUUAUGGGAGCGCAGGAGCCUCCGCUGGAGGACUGGCAGCAGCGUCCGUUAGCUGCAGCAGGCGGACUGAUGAUGGAGAGCGUUUUACAGGCCCGUGUUCGAGCUCCGUCACUGUGUUACUGUGCCGUGAUCUAGCGCUUAAACACGUGCACACGGAAGCCAUGGGGUCUCAGACGCUACAGAUCCUGAGGCAGGGGGUCUGGGCUUCUGUCACGGGCGGCUGGUACUACGACCCCCACCAGAACACGUUCGUCAACGCGCUACACCUCUACAUCUGGCUCUUCUUAUUGUGUUUCCCUUUCACUCUGUACAUGGCUCUCCCCCCCACCAUGCUGAUAGUAGGAGUGUACUGUGGAGUGAUCGCUGGUGUGUUUGCACUGUUGAAGGCAGUGAACUAUCGACUCCACAUGGCCCUAGACGAAGGGGAAGUGAUCAACGCAGAACAACAAAAAGACACUUCACACACACACCCAGACGAGUCCAGUGGCUCUGGGGAUCCUGGAGGAGGAAUCGAGUUGGCCGAUUUUGUCCGAGAGGAAACUCCACCAGUCGCCUGCAGCUCACGCAACUCCUACACAGGCAUCGACUCCAACCUCCAGAUCACAUCCGCUCGUGGUGGUCCAGUCACAGUAAAAGCAGGUGAUGUUGGAAAGACCCCAGAUGACCUCAGUUUAGCUCCUAGCUGUAGUCAGGAACAAGAUCUGACAUCAGAACCUAAGAUCUACGGUCUCAUCUCCAACGACUCCUUCGCCUCUAUGCAGCCUUCCACCUCGCUGGCUCAGGACCUCUACAGCUCCACCCCUCACCCUUUCAGCCAGUCAUUGUCCUCCUGUGACACAGAAAUCCCCGCCCACUCUCAGUCCUUCAGGAAAGAGUCGUCUCGUCCCCGUGGCCUUCCUCGCACUUCCAGCUCGGCCUUUCCGGAUCCUUCCAUCCCAGACUUUGGCCUCUACCCCCCUUCUCGGCGUAGUGGGCUCGACCCCGUUUGUGAACUAGACACGUCCCGUCCACAGGGGGCACUGCAGAGUGGGGACACGGCUGUCCCCUCCACGUCAGGACUGGACUGCUGUAAACAACAUAAAAGGGAACGGCGCAAACUGGCCAGGUCCAUUUCCAGAGAAACGGGGGAAGAUUGUCAGGGUGACUCUGGACUGUACCAAGUGGAUGGUUUCCGUGGGGGGAUUUCAGGUGGAAGCAGGAGGAAAAGACGAGGAGAAAAAAGCAUGGAAAGUUUGCGAAGCCUGAGUACACGCAGUAGCGGCUCGACGGAGAGUUACUGCAGUGGGACGGACCGUGACACGCACAGCACGCUAAGUAGUCUCCAUAGUGAACAAACUAGCUCCACCCAUGUCGAGAGUCUCAUAUCACUCUCAUUGGAUGAGGGCGGGACAACAGAACCGAGCAUAACCUCAGGUGAGGGCAAUAAAAACCCUCAUGCUAAUGAACUUAGCCCAAAAUCUGUUAAUACUAAUGAACCCACAACUCCCAAAAACACAUCACAGACCACCAGCCAUGAAGGGGAGGAGUUUAAAACAGAAGGGAGUGGGGCGAGGACAAGCCCAGAAGCCUCUGCAGACUCCACCCACCUUUUUAAGGAGACGGCACAAGAUGAUGCCAAACCCAAAUCAGCCAAUCAUUCUGAUGCCAGCCAAAGUGGGCGUCGACGCAGUGCAAAGAAACGAGCUAGCAGUUUUGAUGCUGCGCGUUACCAUGACUACACCUGCUUCCGCAGCAUAGCUAAACCUCGCUCUGCAGUGUUUGCUAAAUAUGAUGAAGACUCAAGUGACCUAAGCGAUCUGAGCCACGCCUCCAGUCUCAACUCCGCCCAUCGGGUUGAGCUGAUCCUCACCCCCGGUACAUCCCAGAAGAAAGACAAGGAGAGAGAGAAGGGGAAGAAGCGAGCAUCACGGCGUACAGCCAGUACAGGAAGUGCCAAAGUUCAGCUGCGUAAAUGCCCUAAUGAGCCGCAGCACCUUGGGGCACCGACGGAUCCCCGACCGCUCAGCACUUCCAAAUCUGACCUGGAGGCCAAAGAAGGAGAGGUGCUGGAUGCAGCGUCACUACUGGGCAGAGCAAGUCACCUGGAGUCCGUCACCCGCUCCAGGAACAGUUUACCCUGUCCAAUCAGCAUCGCCGACACACACGACACAGCCAGGGCGGCGGUUAUUGACGACGGUGUGACGUUCAGGCGAGAGCGCAGCACAUUUCGCCGUCAGGCUGUACGGAGACGCCACAACGCCGGGAGCAACACGGCCUCCAUCAUUGCAUCACCACUCAGUCUUCAGGAAGCUCUCAGUCAGGUGUCUCAGGCUUCGUCAGUAUCACAGGUCAAAGGUCAGAUGAGCACUAGCACCUCCCUGCUGGUCAGGAAUGGAAGUGCACACUUAGAGGGUUUUCAGGAUAAAGUGUCCACUGCUGGUAUGCGUGAAGACUUUGGUAAACUAACUCCCUCUCUGUAUGAGGUUGGAGGAUGCGAUGUGUCAUUGGUUAACUUUGAACCCGCGACAAGACGAGCAUCCAACAAUGUGUGGGACACAGAUUCUCACCUCUCCAGUUCUACCUCUGUUCGCUUCUACCCUCACGACUUGAUCCGUCUGAACCGUCUGCUGUCGAUGGACACUGAGCUGUUGGAGCAGGAUGGUGAUGUGAAUCCUGACCUGCAGGUGGUGCCACAUAGGUUGAGGCACAAACACACUCGCACACACUCACACACACACACCAACACUCAUAAGGUCAAGCAGUACUACCGCUUCUCCCUGCUGCCGUACCUGUGGGUGGGUCUGCGCUUCGAUAGACUUACACUGCUCGCCCUGUUUGACAGGAACCGUGAGGUUUUGGAGAACGUACUGGCCGUGGUUCUCGCAGUGCUGGUGGCGUUCCUGGGCUCAGUUCUGCUCAUUCAUGGGUUCUUCACUGACAUCUGGGUCUUCCAGUUCUGCCUCGUCAUUGCCAGCUGCCAGUACUCACUGUUAAAGAGUGUUCAGCCAGACUCAUCCUCUCCUCGACACGGUCACAACCGGAUCAUAGCAUACAGCAGGCCUGUGUACUUCUGUGUGUGUUGUGUUCUGAUCUGUGUGUUUCACUACAGUAGUGUGACGUCCAGUUCAAACACACACACACUGUACGGAGUCACACUCAGCUCAUCACUGCUGCUCAGCUCUACACGUGACCUCGUCAUCGUCUUCAUCCUGUGUUUUCCUGUCAUCUUCUUUGCCGGACUCCUUCCUCAGGUCAACACUUUUCUCAUGUACCUGUUUGAGCAGAUCGACAUCCAUAUGUUCGGUGGAAACGCAUGUACAAGUCUUCCCUCAUCCAUAUACAGUGUGGUAAGGAGUGUGGUUACCGUGGCGAUGCUGUACGGAUUCUGCUAUGGAUCCCUGCUGGAGCCAUGGGACCCUCAGCACAUCCCUGUCCUGUUCUCUGUGUUCUGCGGUCUGCUGGUUGCUGUGUCCUAUCACCUCAGCCGCCAGAGCAGUGACCCCACCAUCCUCAUCUCUAUGGUUCAGGCAAAAGUUUCCCCGAGUGUGACAAAGGACCAGAACCCAGAAGAUCCACUUUCUGAGGUGCAGGACCCUUUACCUGGAAAACUCAGGAACUCUGUGAAUGAGAGACUACAGUCUGAUGUGAUCAUGUGUGUGCUCAUUGCUGUGCUAUACUUCGCCAUUCAUGUCAGCACCGUCUUCCUUGCCCUGCAGCCGUUCCUGAGUUACGUGCUGUAUGGGUUGGUUGGUGCUGUCGGGUUCUUCACCCACUAUCUCCUGCCCCAGAUGAGGAAACAGUUGCCCUGGUACUGCUUCUCCCACCCGCUGCUCAAGCCCAGAGAGUAUUACCAGUUUGAGGUGCACGGUGCAGCUCAUGUGAUGUGGUUUGAGUGGCUCCAUCUGUGGCUGCUGUUUGUGGAGAAGAACAUUCUUUAUCCUCUUGUCAUUCUUAAUGAACUCAGCAGAAGUGCACAGGAACUCGCCAGCUCUAAAAAACUCACCACAGAGGUGGGAGCAGUGGUUUUGAGUGUAUCAGGGUUGAAGCUGUUGCGUUCGUGCUUCAGCAGUCCGGCCUCUCAGUAUGUCACUGUGCUCUUCACCGUCCUCUUCUUCACCUUUGACUAUUCACACCUGUCUGAAACACCACUGCUCAACCUCUUCAUCAUCUCCAUCAUCUUCAGCAAGAUGUGGGAGCUGCUGAAUAAGCUACGCUUUGUUUACACCUACAUUGCUCCGUGGCAGAUUACCUGGGGUUCAGCCUUCCAUGCCUUCGCUCAGCCCUUUGCUGUACCACAUUCAGCCAUGUUGUUUGUGCAGGCGAUGGUGUCGGCCGUCUUCUCCACCCCUCUCAACCCGUUUCUGGGCAGUGCCAUCUUUAUCACCUCUUAUGUCCGACCCGUUAAAUUCUGGGAAAGAGAUUACAACACAAAGCGGGUGGAUCACUCCAACACUAGACUGGCAUCUCAGCUGGACAGGAAUCCAGGGUCAGAUGAUAAUAACCUGAACUCCAUCUUCUAUGAGCACCUGACUCGCUCCCUGCAGCACUCUCUGUGUGGGGACCUGCUGCUGGGCCGCUGGGGAACCUUCAGCACCGGAGACUGUUUCAUCAUGGCGUCUGAUUACCUUAACGCUCUUGUUCACCUCAUCGAGAUCGGCAACGGACUUGUCACCUUCCAGCUUCGCGGCCUCGAGUUCAGAGGUACAUACUGCCAACAGAGGGAGGUGGAGGCCAUUACAGAGGGUGUAGAAGAGGAUGAGGGCUGCUGCUGCUGUGAUGUGGGUCACCUGCCCCACCUGCUGUCCUUUAAUGCUGCCUUUGUUCAGCGCUGGCUGGCCUGGGAGGUGCUGCUGUCUAAAUACACCUUACAGAGCUACAGCAUCACCGAGAACAGUGCAGGGGCCAUGCUGCAGGUCUACGAGCUACGCCAGAUCCUCACCACCUACUACGUCAAGGGAAUAAUUUAUUACGUGGUUGCGUCUCCGAAGCUGGAGGAGUGGCUCUCUAAUGAUGCCAUGAUGGAUGGGCUGAAGAUCUGCAGUGAGAGGAACUACGUUGACCUCGACCCAACCUUCAACCCCAACAUCGACGAGGAUUACGACCACCGACUGGCAGGAAUCUCCAGAGACAGUUUCUGUUCUGUUUACCUCAGCUGGAUCCAGUACUGCAGCACUCAGAGACAGAAGCCGUUUGAAAGUGAGAGAGACUCAGCAUUGGUUUCGUUGUGUUUUGGUCUGUGUGUGUUGGGGAGGAGAGCACUCGGCACUGCAGCUCAUCAAAUGUCCAGUAAUCUGGAGUCGUUCCUUUACGGUCUUCAUGCUCUGUUCAAAGGAGAUUUUCGGAUAUCGUCUGUGAGGGAUGAGUGGAUUUUUGCAGAUAUGGAGCUGCUCAGGAGAGUCGUUGUCCCAGGAAUACGCAUGUCCCUCAAACUUCACCAGGAUCACUUCACCUCCCCGGAUGAGUAUGACGAUCCGUCUGUGUUGUACGAGGCUAUCUCUUCUCAUGAGCAGACGCUGGUAAUAGCACACGAGGGCGACCCGGCGUGGCGCAGCGCCGUGCUGUCCAAUGCUCCAUCACUGUUGUCGCUACGCCACGUCCUCAACGAGGGAACCAACGAGUACAAGAUCAUCACACUGAACCGCAGAUACCUCAGCUUCAGAGUCAUCAAGGUAAAUCAGGAGUGUGUUCGUGGCCUGUGGGCGGGGCAACAGCAGGAGCUGGUGUUUUUGCGGAACAGGAACCCAGAGCGUGGAAGCAUCCAGAACGCCAAACAGGCCCUGAGGAACAUGAUCAACUCGUCAUGUGACCAGCCCAUUGGUUAUCCCAUCUACGUCUCCCCCCUCACCACCUCCUACUGCAACACACACACACAGCUCACACACACACUCGGUGGAGCCAUCAGCAUCGCCAGCAUCCGACACUUCAUUAUCAACACCUGGCACAGGUUGCGUAAAGGUUGUGGCGCGGGGUGCAACAGUGGAGGCAACGUGGAGGAGUGUGAAAUGGGGAAUUCUGGAAACACAAAUGACAUACACCUUAGAGUGACCAGCAUUCAACACACACACACUCCUCUCUCACUGGGAACUAGUCAAAGCUCUCAGUCUGUGCUUUCCUCCCUGGUGCGUCAUUCUCCCACCCGUUCAUCGGUGGCAAGCCGGUCAUCAUCUCUCCGUUACAACAGCAACGCUGAGCCGACACUGUGUAAGCGACACACUCUCACACACACACACACACUUGCUGGCCUGCUCGACCAUAAUCAUCACCAGCAGCCCAGGAGAGAGGACGUCUCCAACAGAGUACAGAUAGUGGAUGUAAAUCAGGUGUUGGAUGUGAUUAAUCUGUCGACGCGUAAGGAGCUGCUGUGGCCUGAUGAGUCGAUGAGGCUGAGGGCAGGGCCAAGCUGCUGGAGAGACUGGGGCCCCCUGGAGGGCAUGGAGGGACAUGUGAUUCACCGGUGGAUGCCUUGCAGUCGUGACCCUCUCACUCGCUCCCCCAUUGAUAAAUCCAUCCUGCUGGUUCAGGUGGAUGAUAAACUGGUUCCUAUUAUAGAGACUGGAGUGAUUGAACUGGGAGCAGAAGUGUAAACACACACACACACACACACACACACACACACACACACACACACACACGCACUGAUAUGAUGCAGGAUGUCGGAGUCUCUGAUGAUCCUGCUUUUUGCACAGAUCACAUCUGAGAGUGAUUUUAUUGUUGUUGUUUUAAUCAUCACUGCGAUCACACUAUUGUUUUAAUUCCUCAGUGAGACGUUAUAUAAAGAAUGUUAAAUGUUUUUAACAAAAAAGAAAAGAAUGACAUUUUAUUUUUUGUGUGAAUUUUGGACUAAAAUCACAGAAGAGCAGCUUGUGGUGAGACACACUGCUGCUGAAUGACAAUGCAUGAUCAGACCACACACACACACACACACACACACACACACACACACACAGCUUACCGAGACAAUUAGAAGCUGUAACGUUCAUCAGACUUUAAACUUUUCCCUGUUAUUAGAAUAUUCUGUUUAUUAUUCUGACGAUUUUUUGAAGUAACCUUGUUUAGAUAGCUGUGUGUGUGUGUGUGUGUGUGUGUGUUCUGUGAUGUGCGUUAAAACUGACGUUACUGAUGUUAUAAUAACCGCAUGCUCAUUAUUGUACAUGAUCAGCUGUAGAUGAUGUGCUGCAUGUGAGAGCUUUAGGGAUGAAAGCAGGAGAAAAGGGAGCUGAAAUUCAGAAGCAGUUUGAUGUCCGUUUGUCCUGAUUACUGAAAUAAAUAUGAACGGAGUUGA